UGUUUUGGACGUCGUUGGACCUGGGCUCGGGCUGAAAUGUUGACAUGGCGCCGGCACGCGCAGCUGAGUGUUAGCGCGCUCAGCUCCGUGCGCUCGUCUCUGCUCUGUCUGCUCGUCCUUCAUUUCCUCCCCAAUGCCUGUUGCUGCCCGCACGAGCCGGAGACCCCCGACUGGAGGAUGACUCUGAAGACCAUCCGGAACGGGAUCCAUAAAAUAGACACGUACCUGAACGCAGCACUGGAUCUGUUCGGUGGCGAUGACGGCCUGUGUCAUUACAGAUGUUCAGACGGAUACAAACCAGUGCCUCGUCCCGGCUACAGGAACCCUCCGCCCAACGGAUGUGGCUCGCCACUCUUUGGAUUCCAGUUUGAUAUAGGAAUCCCUUCCAUGACCAAAUGCUGCAACCAGCACGAUCGCUGCUACGAUACCUGCGGCCGUGAGAAGCACGAGUGUGACGAGCAGUUCCAGGAGUGUCUCGAGACCAUCUGCAGGAACGUACAGAGGACUCUGGGAUUGUCCCAGACCGUCCAAGCAUGCGAGUCAGCGGUGACCCUGCUGUUUGACGCCGUCAUGCAUUUAGGCUGUAAGCCGUACCUGGACAGCCAGCGGGACUCCUGCGUGUGCCAGUACGAAGUGAAGCGGGAGCUGUGACGCCGCAGCAGAAACGGACUGUGGAGCUCCAGACUCGCAACGCCAGCAUCAGAAAGACCGAAAAGCUUUUGCUUUCUUUUGAACUCGAGUAGAUUCUCUCAGGGAUGGAGCCUGACUGCGUUCAUGAAAACAUUUUAUUAGUUUUGAAAUCCAUCUGUAAAUGAAACGACCGUCGUAAUGGACAUUUGACAUUUUUCUGUCCGCUGAUUAUUUAUAUCCUGAAACUGUUUCGUGUGAAUGUCUGUUGUUGAACUAAACAUUGAACGUGUGCUUCGUCAGGACCCAAUUUAAUCCGUUUAAAAACAGAUGGAAGUGUAAAAAAAUGUUAUAUGGUGUUCAAAAUGUUUGUUUACUGUGUACAAAUAAGUAGUAAAGCAGAAAUAAAUAAUACAAUAUUAAAAG